UUCCGGGAUGUAGUGUACGUUAACUGUGAUUUUCUACAUAUCUAAAGGAAUACCAAAGUCCACAAACCAAUGAGGUUUCAUCGACAACAAUAAAUACAAAGAGUGAUCUAAAGACUUGUAUACACCGUUUAUAAACUCGCACACAUUUAUGGACGAGGCUCCAUUCCCAGUCGUUGGUGUUGUGAUUGCUGUAGUGUCCAGCUUUAUCAAUGGAUCCACGUUUGUGCUCCAGAAAAAGGGGAUACUGCGAGCCCGCAAAUCAGGUGGGACUUACCUGGCUGACUGUGUGUGGUGGGGUGGGACACUUGCAAUGAUUGUUGGACAAAUAGGAAAUUUUUUGGCCUACAAUGUUGCCCCAGCAGUUGUUGUCACCCCUCUUGGUGCCCUUGGAGUCUUGUUUGGCGCCGUUCUGGCAUCCUGGCUCCUUCAGGAACAUCUCAAUCUCAUAGGGAAACUUGGCUGCGUUUUGUGCUGUUGUGGUUCAGUUGUGCUCAUCAUUCACUCACCCAAGUCUGAAAAUGUCACAUCAAGAGCAGAACUAGAGGAGCGACUGAUGGACCCAGUGUUUCAGGUGUACAUCUCGCUGGUGGCCAUAUUAUUGAUCAUACUGAUCGGCUGGCUGUCUCCAACUCACGGAAAGUCCAACAUUAUGGUAUAUGUGGGCAUCUGUUCUCUCCUUGGGAGUUUCACUGUUCCCAGCAGCAAAGGUUUAGGAUUGGCUGCUCAAGAGGCCUUCAGUCAAACACCUUCGAGUGACGGCAGAGCAUUUUACCUCUUCCUGGGGUUGCUGGGAGUUUUAGUAGUCAGUAUUCUUAUCCAGUUCACCUUCAUCAACAAAGCCUUGGAGAACUUCAGCUCUAACAUGUUUGAGGCCAUUUACUAUGUGACUUUCACCUCCUGUGUCAUCCUGGCCUCGGCUGUUCUUUUCAGGGAAUGGACAGCACUCGGCAUUGUGGACUGUUUGGGUAUUUUGUGUGGUUUUGUUACAGUAUCAGUGGGUGUUGCCUUAUUGCGUAUCUCUCAAGAAGCUAAACUUACUUGGAGCCAAACCAAAGCUAAAAAGAACUAACUAAUGUUGUGUAAAUAUUUUUAACAGUAACUGAAAGUGGAUAUGACGUGUUAACAGUAACUGCUGUAGAUCCUGAUGAGGGAGAUUUUCUAUAUCAGUUGAUUAUACCUUUUGUUUGUUUUUUAAUAUGGGAUUUAUAUUGAUUAUUAUGCAACAAAUGUAACUUACUGAUGGAUAAUUUAUUUUUAAAAUAUAUUUCCCUU